AUGUCGAAUGCUGAGAUUUCCAAGACGCCAUUAUGGAUUCCACGCAGCAUUGAGCAUACGAAUGUGGCUAAAUUCAUCCUCUGGAUCAAUCGCAAACGCAAUCUACGAUUACGAACUUACUCGGAUCUUCAGCAAUGGUCUACAAACCCGGCUACGUCCCAGGACUUUUGGGGUGACGCAUACCUCUUUCUCGGAAUUCGGAGGCCAGAACAAAACACCGAACUUGAUCAACAUCAUAUCGAUACCCAUAUACCAAAAAGCACGCCGCUUUUCCCUCCUCCAAUCUUCUUUCCAUUCGAGAAAUUGAACAUCUGCGAGGUCAUUCUCCGCAAUCGUUUGACCAAUGCGGUUGCAAUAUAUGCUGCUCGUGAAGACAUGAAGACGGGUGUUGCUGUGUCCAAUAUCACUUGGGGUGAACUUUCCAGUAGGGUCAAGCAAGCCAGGGACGCAAUGGUGGGCAGCGGCGUCGGAUCAGGCGACAUAGUCGCGGCGGUCAUAAGUAAUUCUGUGAACUCCAUCGUUCUCUGCCUCGCAACAUUGAGCCUUGGAGCGAUAUGGUCGUCCACAUCCUGCGACCUGGGGCCCCAGGGCAUCGAGGAACGCUACAAGCAGACGAAACCAAAGCUUAUCUUUGCUGAUAACGCUUACCUAUACGGCGGAAAGCUGCAUACACUGGAGAAUUCGAUAAGCCACUGGUCAAAAGAAAUUGGAGAAAACGAUGACAACGCCUAUGUCUGCGACAGAAACGUGGUCAUAUUGCCAUAUGUCGAGGGCAUCAGCUUUGACCUCGACCGAAUUCACCAAGGAAUAUCUUGGGAUGAUUUCAUCAAACGAGGCACCGGGAGACCCCUCGCUUUUACUAUGGCUCCCUUCUCGCACCCGGCUUUCAUCUUAUACUCGUCUGGCACAACUGGAAAACCAAAAUGCAUCGUGCAUACUGCUGGGGGCGCUCUUCUGAAAACGAAAGUCGACUCCGUCUUGCAGCAUGAUAUUCGGGAGAAUGAUAUCGUCUUCCAAUACACUACAACCUCAUGGGUAAUGUGGAUGCUGAACUUCUUCAACCUUGCCAAUGCGUCUGCAAUGCUCCUGUUCGAUGGCUCUCCGUUCCAUCCAAAACAAGACAUUCUCAUAGACCUUGCUGAUCGAAUUGGGGUUUCGGUGUUUGGCACAUCUCCACGAUAUCUCACGGAACUUAAGGCCAGAGGCAUAAUUCCCCGUCAACGAUUUCGACUCAAGUCUUUGAGGGUUCUCACGUCGACAGGUGCUGUUCUGUCUGCAGACAUGUAUCAUUGGUUUUACGAUAAGGCAUUUCCCCCAUCAGUGCAUUUGGCAUCAAUGUGCGGCGGCACAGACAUAGCUGGUUGCUUUCUUGGCGGCACUCCUCUUCUACCAGUCUACCCCGGGGAGCUACAAGCUAGGUGCUUGGGUAUGGCAGUUGACAUUUUUGACAGCUCAAAGGCCGAGGCGUCCUCGGUUCUGGUGUCAGGACAAGCUGGAGAGCUCGUCUGCACUCAACCUUUCCCCAGUCAACCGUUGACAUUCUAUGGAGUCGAUGGACCUGAGAAAUAUCGAGCUUCCUACUUUGCGAGGUAUGGCGUACACGUUUGGUGUCAAGGAGAUUUUGUUCAAAUGUGUCCCGACACUGGUGGGCUGGUGGUUCUCGGGAGAAGUGACGGCGUUUUGAAUCCAUCCGGCGUCCGGUUCGGCUCCGCCGAAAUAUAUGCCAUCACAGAGAAGUAUGAUGAGGUCGAAGACGCAAUCUGUGUCGGGCAACGACGAAAGCAGGAUGUCGACGAGAGGGUCCUUCUUUUUCUCAAGAUGAAAGCAGGCAAUGUUCUCUCCCUUGGACUUAUUGACCGAAUCCAAAAGGACGUUCGCAAACAAUAUUCAAGAAGACAUGUACCCAGCAGAAUCUUUGAAGUCGCCGACAUCCCUUACACCGUGAAUGGGAAGAAGUGUGAGAUCAAUGUCAAGCAAAUCGUUAGUGGGUUCAACACCGCCGUGAGCGGCACCGUUGCGAACCCGCAGAGUUUGGAGCUCUACCGAAAAUAUCUGGACCUCGACAUGGACGGGCCCCAAUCGGUGCCGCAACGCACGGAAGCCAAACUUUGA